CUAUCACCGCCGGCCUUUGACUGCUUCCCCUCAAGCAUCCUCGGGAACAAAGCAACAUGCGCUGACAAUGGGGAACACAAACAGCACCCAUAAGAUCUCUGCUCAGGACCGGGCAAUCCUUGACCUCAAGAACCAGCGAGACAAGCUCCACCAGUAUCAGAAGCGAAUUACCGUCUUGACAGACCGCGAAACCGACAUCGCGAAACAAUGUCUCGCCAGGAAUGACCGCAAGCGCGCUUUGCUUGCCCUGCGUCGCAAGAAGUACCAGGAGUCGCUACUAGAUAAGACCGACAAACAACUCGAGCAGCUCGAACAGCUUACGGGGCAGAUUGAGUUUGCACUGGUUCAGAAGGAUGUUCUUUUCGGCUUGCAGCAAGGGACCAAGGUCCUGCAGACCAUUAACAAGGAGAUGGGUGGUCUUGAGGGGGUGGAGAAACUGAUGGGCGAGACGGAGGAAGCGAGAGCCUAUCAAGAGGAAAUCAGCGAGAUGCUUGCUGGACGCUUGUCCACUCAGGAUGAGGAUGAGGUUGAAGAGGAACUGGAGGCUUUGCAGCGGGAUACGCAGGGCCCGGUUGUCUUGCCCAAUGCGCCCAGCUCCAAGCUCCCAGAGCACGUGGAGGGAGUCAAGGAGGACGAGCAUGCCGUGGAAGAGGCCCAAGUCGAGGAGCGGACUGCUAUUCCUGCUUGAGACUGUGCCAUCCAUACGAUCUCUUUCUUUCGAUAUUAGCAUUGCCGGCGUUGGUGGUUUCAUGAAUUUCAAGUAUAGUAUAGCAUUGUUAGAUAUGUUUCGCUAUUUGAACGCUAGCAACUAGACCGUCGAAACAUGGAUUGGCGUGCAUUAUCUUGAUAGAGGCCAGCUCAAUACCCAAGGCAAUAUCCGUAGCUUCUGAUCAAUCAUUUUUAGUCUGUCACAGACCUCAUACAUUCCAGGCCAGCAUAUAGCCGCCCCAUGUUCAAACAAACACUGA